AUGCCGAUUGGAGAGGUUGUACUGUCUGCCUUCAUGCAGGCACUCUUUGAGAAAGUGCUUGCUGCUACUAUCGGAGAGCUGAGAUUCCCUCGAGAUGUCACUGAAGAACUGCAUAACUUAUCGAGCAUCCUGUCAACAAUUCAAUUUCAUGUUGAAGAUGCAGAGGAGCGGCAAUUGAAGGAUACGGCUGCACGCAGCUGGCUUGCCAAGCUCAAGGGUGUCGCAGAUGAGAUGGAUGACUUGAUUGAUGAGUAUGCAGCUGAGACACUGCGAUCCAAACUAGAAGGUCCAUUCAACCAUGACCAUCUGAAGAAGGUUAGGAGCUGUCUCUGCUGUUUUUGGUUGAACAAUUGUUUAUUUAACCAUAAGAUAGUGCAGCAAAUAAGGAAGAUUGAGGGGAAACUCGAUAGGCUUAUCAAAGAAAGACAGAUUAUUGGUCCAAACAUGAACAGUGGGACCGACAAGCCGGAGAUAAAGGAGAGGCCCAAAACAAGUUCACUGAUCGAUGACUCAAGUGUGUUUGGAAGAGAAGAAGAUAAAGAAACCAUUGUGAAGAUGUUGCUGGCCCCCAAUAACUUGGGCCAUGCCAACCUUUCUAUUAUUCCCAUAGUGGGCAUGGGGGGACUAGGAAAGACGACUCUAACACAGCUCAUCUACAAUGAUGAAAGAGUAAAGGAGCAUUUCCAGUUAAGGGUGUGGCUGUGUGUUUCUGAAAAUUUUGAUGAGAUGAAGCUUACCAAGGAAACAAUUGAAUCAGUUGCUAGUGGGUUCUCAUCAGCCACAACAAACAUGAACCUGCUUCAAGAAGACCUCUCAAAAAAACUGCAAGGUAAAAGAUUUCUUCUAGUCCUUGAUGAUGUAUGGAAUGAGGAUCCUGAAAAAUGGGACAGAUAUCGCUGUGCUCUAGUUAGCGGGGGAAUGGGAAGCAAGAUUAUAAUUACCACACGAAACAAAAAUGUGGGGAUACUAAUGGGCGGGAUGACUCCUUACCAUCUAAAGCAGCUAUCAAACAACGAUUGCUGGCAGUUGUUCAAGAAACACGCAUUUGUAGAUGGUGACUCCAGUUCACACCCAGAAUUGGAAAUGAUAGGCAAGGACAUCGUGAAGAAGUUGAAAGGCCUGCCACUAGCUGCAAAAGCAGUAGGCAGUUUACUAUUGUUUCCCAAAGAUUACGCCUUUGAGAAAAGAAGGUUGGUUCAAAUCUGGAUGGCCCUUGGGUUCAUUCAGCCUCAAGGAAGGAGGAAGAUGGAAGAAAUUGGGAGUGGCUAUUUUGAUGAAUUACAAAGCAGAUCCUUCUUCCAAUAUCACAAAAGUGGAUAUGUAAUGCAUGAUGCCAUGCAUGACCUAGCACAGUCUGUCUCAAUUGAUGAGUUCCUAAGAUUGGAUGAAGGCCUAAGACUGCAUGACCCCCCGCACAGCAGCAGCCCUGAAAGAAGUGCUAGGCAUCUAUCAUUCUCUUGUGACAACAGAGGCAGGACCCAAUUUGAAGCUUUCCUUGGAUUUAAGAGAGCUCGCACACUUUUACUACUAAAUGGAUACAAAUCGAUAACAAGCUCUAUACCCAGUGAUCUGUUCCUCAAGUUGAAGUACCUUCAUGUGCUUGAUCUAAACCGACGAGAUAUUACUGAGCUGCCUGAUUCUAUUGGUAACUUAAAAUUGCUUCGAUAUUUGAAUCUUUCAGGCACUGGAAUAGCAAUGUUGCCUUCAUCAAUUGGUAGUCUCUUCAGCCUGCAAACACUGAAGCUGCAAAACUGCCUUGCAUUAGAUUACCUCCCAAAGACCAUAACCAAUCUCAGAAAUCUUCGAUGGCUAGAAGCAAGAACGGAGUUGAUCACUGGCAUAGCUGGAAUAGGGAACUUGACUUGCCUUCAACAGCUGGAGGAAUUUGUUGUCCGUAAGGACAAAGGAUACAAGAUCAGUGAAUUGAAGGCCAUGAAGGGGAUCACAGGACAUAUCUGCAUUAAGAAUCUUGAGAGUGUGGCUAGUGUGGAAGAGGCUAAUGAAGCUUUGCUAAUGAAGAAGACAAACAUCAACAAUUUACACCUUAUAUGGUCUGAAAGGAGGCGCUUGACUUCAAAAACUGCAGAUAAAGACAUAAAGAUACUUGAACACCUUCAACCACAUCAUGAACUCAGUGAACUGACAGUCAAGGCCUUUGCAGGCUUAUACUUUCCAAAUUGGUUAAGUAAACUAACUCAAUUGCAAACCAUCCACCUGUCUGACUGUACAAACUGUUCAGUUCUACCAGCGCUUGGAGUACUUCCCCUACUCAAGUUUUUAGAUAUUGGGGGUCUCCAUGCCAUUGUUCACAUCAACCAAGAGUUUUCAGGAACCAGUGAAGUCAAGGGGUUUCCAUCACUGAAGGAACUCGUAUUUGAAGACAUGUCUAACCUAAAAGGUUGGGCUUCUGUACAAGAUGGUCAGUUGCUUCCAUUGCUCACAGAACUUACAGUGAUUGACUGCCCACUACUAGAAGAAUUCCCAUCUUUCCCAUCAUCAGUAGUGAAGCUCAAAAUUUCUGAAACAGGGUUCACUAUUCUUCCAGAAAUACAUACUCCAAGCUCUCAAGUUUCAUCAUCAUUGGUAUGCCUACAGAUUCACCAGUGCCCAAAUCUUACAUCAUUAGAGCAAGGAUUGCUUUGCCAGAAAUUAUCAACACUCCAGCAAUUAACCAUCACAGGCUGCCCAGAAUUAACUCACCUGCCAGUUGAAGGAUUCAGAGCACUGACUGCUCUUAAGAGUAUUCAUAUCUAUGAUUGUCCGAAGCUGGAACCAUCCCAACAGCAUAGUUUGCUGCCCUUCAUGCUUGAAGAUCUACGCAUCAGCUCGUGCUCCAACCUAAUCAAUCCUCUUCUUCGAGAGAUUGAUGAGAUAUCCUCAAUGAUAAAUCUUGCCAUAACUGAUUGUGCCAGCCUUCACUAUUUUCCAGUAAAGCUUCCUGCCACUCUGAAAAAGUUGGAGAUCUUCCAUUGUAGCAACCUAAGAUUCUUGCCUCCUGGUAUAGAAGCAGCAUCUUGUUUGGCAGCUAUGACCAUUUUGAACUGUCCUCUUAUACCAAGCUUGCCAGAACAGGGCCUCCCACAAUCACUGAAAGAAUUGUACAUCAAAGAAUGCCCACUGCUAACAAAGAGCUGCAAAGAAAAUGAUGGUGAAGAUUGGCCUAAAAUUGCUCAUGUACCAACCAUAGAGAUUGAAGAUGAUAGUACCAUGACCGACUGGAGCAUAAGAAGAAGAUUAUUCUAA